AUGGCGGACAAAUUGGACAUUAAUUUAGCACCCCCGCGGAAUAUUGGAAUACAGAAGAUCAGAGACAAUUAUGAAGGCGGUUCAGAGGAAUAUUUUCGUCGGUCCAUUUUUCAUCCUUUUUUGGACCACUUAUUAAUGCAGUUAAAAAUAAGAUUUCUUGAACACCGGGAACUAUUGUCAAAAAUUCAAAAUAUUCUUCCAACUAAGUGUUCUGAGCUGAAAACAAAAGAAAUCAGUGAAACGGUAAAUACUUUUGCAAAAGAAUGGCCAAAUGACAUCAAGGGAUCUACUGAUGAUUUUAUAGCUGAGAUGACCAUGUGGCACAGACAUUGUUUAAAUAUGUCAAAGGAUAAACGGCCUAGAACAUUUAUUGAGACUCUCAACUAUUGUAAUUCUGCAUUGUAUCCAUCAAUACACACAUUAUUGCAGAUUGGUGCAACUCUACCCGUUUCUGUGGCAACAAGUGAACAAUCUUUUUCUUGUCUUCGAAGAUUAAAAACAUAUCUGCGCAACAAGACUGGUGAGGAGCGAUUAAAUGGAUUGAUGCUAUUAAACUUAUACAGAGACGUGGAAGUGACUUGCGAAGAGGUCAUUGACAUAAUGGCACAAAACCAAGACGCAUAG